AUGCCCACCCCUUCAUCAUCACCGUCAUUCUCCCUCUCCAAACUAGCCACCCCGGCCGUCGCCACCCUCAUAAGCUUUCUGGCCUAUAGCUCGCAGUACCUCCUCCACCACUUCGAGCCCGCCCCGCUGCGCCGCCCCGAAUGCUGGCGGCUGAACCUGCUGGCCGGAUGUAUCUGGAUCUGCUACUACCGGACCUGCACGGUAGACCCGGGUCGGGUGCCGAGGGAGUGGAAGCCGCAGGCUGUUGUUUUCUCGGAAGAUCGUAAGCAGCAGCAGCAGCAGCAGCAGCCGCGCAAAUCCCCGCCUAAUGAAGCUGUCGGUAAUGGCGGCGGCGGCCGAUGGUGCCGCAAAUGCGAAGCGUACAAGCCGCCGCGGGCGCAUCAUUGUCGGACGUGUCAGAGAUGCAUCCCCAAAAUGGACCACCACUGCCCGUGGACGGCCAACUGCGUCUCGCACUUCACGCUGCCGCACUUCGUGCGGUUCCUGUUCUACGCGGUCGCGGGGAUGGGGUAUCUGGAGGCCGUGCUGGUGGAGCGCGCGGGGCUGGUGUGGCGUGAGAGAGCGAGGCCUAGUUAUUUAGGCCCCACCGGCCUCCAGCUGGCGCACCUCUUCGUGCUGCUGGUCGUCAACAGCCUGACGGUAUUCAUGCUGUUCAUCCUGCUGGUGCGCACGGUGUGGGCCCUCGCCCUGAACACCACUACCAUCGAGGAGUGGGAGAUCGAACGCCACCAGACGCUGCUGCGGCGCGCGCGGCAUUUUGGCGGGUAUCUGCAGGGGCCCGGGGGCGUGCGGGUGCGCAUCAAGCGCCAGGAGUUUCCGUAUGAUGUCGGGGUGUGGGGGAAUUUGAGGCAGGGGAUGGGGUCGGGGAAUAUCCUAAGCUGGUUCUGGCCGCUAGCGAGAACCCUCGAUCGGAGCUCGGGGCUGGAGUUCGAGGUUAAUGGGUUUGAGGAUCCAAACACAACCUGGCCCCCGCCCGACCCAGACCGCAUCCCCUGGACUGCCCCCGCGGCGACAGCUCCAGCAAACGGUAUCCUGGCCGCCUCGUCAGGAAGAGGAACCCCGCAGAAGAUCCUCCGUCGCAAGCGCUUCCACCAACGAUUCACCAAGAAAGACUCGCCCAGCGACGACUCCGACGCCAGCAACAGCGGUAGCGAGCCCGAGGACGCCGUUUCGGACGACGGGGAGGAAGGCUGGCGCAAUGCCGACGGGGAUCGGCUCAGGGACUUUGGAGUCGAGGAGGAGGUCGAGUUCUACGAUGAGGAGGAUAUUCCGCUGGCGGUUCUGAUGGCGCAGAGGGGGUAUCAUUCGUGA